GCGACCCGCUACGUCGCCACGCGCGGAUAAUGGCGACUGCAUCAGCCUGAGGUGGACUUCGUUCUCAAAUUAUUUCCUGUUGUGGCGGGAGGGAGCUGUGGUGCCUCCGGAGCGGACGGCGGCUGUGAAGGCGCGCGUGCGCGCUUCCGCUUCGCCCUGGACCAAGCGGUGGCAUCGAGGCCCCGCGGAGCCCGCCCGCGUCGUUUUGGCCUCUUCACUUCUCUGAACACUGUUCGUGCAGCCACGUAAGAAACAUGAGUGGCAACAACUUAAGCGGGAACGACGAGUUUGAUGAACAGUUGAGAAUGCAAGAAUUGUACGGAGACCCCAAGGAAGGUGACACCCAGAAGGAACCCUCUGGAGAAACGGAAUCUUUGGGACAACCGCCGGAUGACACUCCCUACGAGUGGGACCUUGAUAAGAAGGCUUGGUUUCCUAAGAUCACUGAAGAUUUCAUUGCUACGUAUCAGGCUAAUUACGGCUUUUCUAGUGAUGGUGCAUCUAGUUCUACUGAGAAUGUCCAGGAUACCAACACAAAGACCAUAGAAGAACCUCCACAGAAAGCAAUCCCAGAAGCCACUGACCCCAAAAAGAGGGGAGAAAAGAGAAAGGCCGAAUCAGGAUGGUUCCAUGUUGAAGAAGACAGAAAUACAAAUGUAUAUGUGUCAGGUCUGCCUCCAGACAUCACAGUGGAUGAAUUCAUACAGCUUAUGUCCAAAUUUGGCAUUAUUAUGAGAGAUCCUCAGACAGAAGAGUUUAAGGUCAAACUUUACAAAGAUAAUCAAGGAAAUCUUAAAGGAGAUGGGCUUUGCUGUUAUCUGAAGAAAGAGUCCGUGGAACUUGCAUUAAAACUUUUGGAUGAAGAUGAAAUUAGAGGCUACAAAUUACAUGUUGAGAUGGCGAAGUUCCAGCUGAAGGGCGAGUAUGAUGCCUCAAAAAAGAAGAAGAAGUGCAAAGAUUAUAAGAAGAAACUAUCUCUGCAGCAGAAGCAGUUGGAUUGGAGACCUGAGAGGAGAGCUGGACCAUCCCGGAUGCGACAUGAACGAGUUGUCAUCAUCAAAAAUAUGUUUCACCCCAUGGAUUUUGAGGAUGAUCCAUUGGUGCUGAAUGAGAUCAGAGAAGACCUUCGAGUAGAAUGUUCAAAGUUUGGACAGAUUAGGAAGCUCCUUCUGUUUGAUAGGCACCCAGAUGGUGUGGCUUCUGUGUCGUUCAGGGAACCAGAGGAGGCUGAUUAUUGUAUCCAGACUCUGGAUGGAAGGUGGUUUGGUGGCCGUCAAAUCACUGCUCAAGCCUGGGAUGGGACUACAGAUUAUCAGGUAGAGGAGACGUCAAGAGAAAGAGAGGAAAGGCUGAGAGGCUGGGAGGCAUUCCUCAAUGCCCCUGAGGCUAACAGAGGCCUCCAGCGUAUGGAUUCCAUCUGUGGUCCAGAAAAGGCAGGGCCUUCCAGAGUAAGGCAUUUUUCAGAGCACCUGAGCAUGUCUAGCACGAGUGCUCAGGAAGCUACAACUGGAGUAGCAUUUGAAGAAACUAUCGAUGAAAGCAAGUUUGAAAAGGCAGAAGAUGUGGGAGAAUCUGAAGGAGAUGCUUCUGAAAAAGAUGCUAAAGAAGGUGGGUCUGAUGAAGGGUACCCUGAGAGAGAGUGUGAAGAGGGCUUCCCCAAGACAGAGUGUGAACUGGACCGCCCCAAGUCAGAGUGUGAAGAGAACCACCCCAAGAGGGAGAGUGAAGAAGACUGCCCUGAGAGCGAGCUUGAAGAGGGUAGUCCUAAAAAGGAGUCUCAAGAGAAUGGUCCUGAAAGAGAAUCUCAGAAGAAAGGUGAAGAUAACUAUGAUAAGAAUGGCUUUGCCAAAGAAUCUGAAGACAAUGACCAUAGCAGAGAGUCUGAAGGGGAAGAAAGCCUCAAGAAAGAGUCAGAAGACGAUGACUCAGAAUCUGAGGAAGACUGCUCAGAAAAGCAGUCUGAAGAUGGCUCUGACAAAGAAUUAGAAGAAAAUGGUGCUAAAAAACAUUCCGACGAGGAUGCCUCUGACAAGGAGUCCCCUGAAAAUGUUGAGAAAGAGUCAGAAGAAAAUGACACUGACAAAUCAGAAUUUGAUGAAGGAUCUGAAAGAGUGUUAGGUGAGGAAGGCUCUGAGAGAGAAUUUGAUGAAGACUCAGAUGAAAAGGAGGAGGAGGAAGAUGAAGAUGAGGAAGAAGUCGUAUUUGAAAAGGUUUUUGAUGAUGAGUCCGAUGAGAAUGAGGAUGAAGAAGAAGCAGAUGAAAAGGAGUGUGAAGAUGCUGAUGACAGAGAGGAGGAAGAAGAUGGCGCAGAUGAAAAGCUCUUCGAUGACUCAGAUGGAAAGGAAGAUGGAGAAGAUACAGAUGUAAGGAAAGAUGAAGAUGCCAGUGACAAGCUGUUUGAAGAUAAUUCCAAUGACAAAUUUUUUGAUGAGGAAGAGGGUCUCAAUGAGAAGUUGUUUGAUGAUUCUGAUGAGAGAGGGACUGUGGGAAAUGUGAAGGAAGAUGGGUCUCAGUCCACAGACAGCAGCUUUGUCCUCAGCAGUGAUGAUGAUGAUGAUGAUGAUGGAAUCUAAUCCUUUCCACUUGCUUUUUAGGGAGAGCCCUGUGUCUCUAUUUGCCUGUGCUUCAGGGUCAGUAGUAGUGUUACAUCAACAUGUGCAUAGUGGUAGGAUGCCAUCAGACUAAUGUCUAGAAGGUUUUUGUUCUCACCUGUACCAAUGGAUUUAAAUAUGUUUAUUGGUUCUUCAGUUAAAACUCCAUAGUUACGAUGCAAGUAAACUGGAUACCCAUUGUUCUGUUGGAUUUGUUAAAUGCAUGCAAAAGAAUAUUUUUAAAGUAUUCUAAUUGGAGUUUGUGAUAUUCAGAAAUAAAGAUAAAUUGAUAAUAUGCAGAAACUGAAA